UUACAGAAACAGAAUUAUACUCGGCAAGAUACAUGUAGAUGAGUCUGAUGAAGAACGAGAAAUUGAUGCACCAGGAGACUGUAAUAAUGUUGUAAACAUCAAAACAAACAAUGAUCAAGAUUUGGCAGGCUCAAUAUACACUGAUGUAAAUAGAAGCAUGAGGAUAACUAAACAGUAUUAUGAAAUGGAAAAAUGUUUGCGAGCGAAAAUUAUUUUAACGAACUGUUAUACAACUCUAUUGAACAAUAACUGUUACUGUGCUCAGUGUGCAGUGUUGUUCCCCACCACUGAAGCGUAUAGUGAACAUUACACGAGCACACACACCGAGACCACUAACUCAACUAAAGCCUCGGCUUCUCCUGUGACACAUAGAAAAAGAAAUAACCCACGUGAAAAGGUAUUUGUGUGUGACACCUGCAAGAAAACAUGCGACAGAAAAAGUAUAUUAAUACAGCACAUGUUAGUUCACACUGGAGAAAGGCCAUUUGAGUGUGACAUUUGCAAGAAAACCUUCAAUCAGCGAAGUGCUAUGAAAACACACAAGUUAAUACACACUAGUGAAAAGCCAUUCGAGUGUGCCAUUUGCACGAAAACAUUUAGACAAAGAAGUCAUUUGAAGAGCCACAACUUACUUCACACUGAAGAAAAACCAUUCCAGUGUGACAUUUGCAAGAAAACAUUUAACCAAAUAAAAAAUUUAAAGACACACAAGUUACUUCACACUGGCGAAAAGCCAUACAAGUGUGGUGAUUGCAAAAAAUCGUUUAGUCAGCUUUGGAAUUUGAAAAAGCACAAAUUGAUCCACACGGGAGAAAAGCCGUUCCAGUGUGACAUUUGCAUGAAAUCUUUUAUCCAAAGAUAUACUCUUAACAGGCACAUGUUACAUCACACUGGAUCAAAACCAUUCCAGUGUGAAACUUGCAGGAAAAAGUUUAAAUGUGUAUCUGCUUUAAAACGACACAAGUUGAUUCACUCUGGCGAAAAGCCAUUCCAGUGUGAAAUUUGCACGAAAUCAUUUAACCAUAGAGAUAAUCUUAAGAGCCACAGAUUAAUUCACUCUGGCGAAAAGCCAUUCCAGUGUGAGAUUUGCAAGAAAACCUACAGACACCUUAGUACUAUGAAAGCGCACAAGUUAAUUCACACUGAAGAAAAGCCAUUCCAGUGUGAUAUUUGCACGAAAUCAUUUAAGAAUAGAAAUAAUCUUAACAGACACAAGUUAGUUCAUUCUGGCGAAAAGCCAUUCCAGUGUGAAAUUUGCACAAAAACAUUUUACCAAAGAUGUAAUUUGAAGAGGCACAUGUUACUUCACACUGCAGCACAGCCAUAUGAUUCUGAUGCGUCAGAUAAAAUGUGAGAGAGUUCAUGCCAGGAUGUUAAAAAGUGUGUUGUUCACUUUUAACUAUUGCAAGCCAGCGAAGUGAUUGCACUUUUCACUAAUUUAACUACUUGAUCUCGUGGUCUAAUCGUUAAGGUAUUCGGCUUUCAAUAUGGAGGUUGAGGGUUCGAGUCUCUGGGAGGAGAAACUUUUAAAUAUUAUUUUAGUUUUUCUUUGUUAAUCAUUAUGGGUAGGUUAUUUUAGACAAUCUUUAUCAAUAUGAGCAGGAAAUAAAAUAAAAAAUAUGAGUAUAAGAAAAAAAAACUUUAUUUCACUAUACAAGUAAAAAU